GCCGCCCUAGAGGCGAGCUGGGGGGAGGCAGGCACCGGCACCGCUUCUGCUUCUCUCCGAGCCGGGUCGGUGCGCAUGGGCGGCGGCCGCAGCCGGGGCAGGGAUGGUCGGCUAUGACCCCGACGCGGAGGACAGGAGUAACUCCAAACUGGAAGUGGCAGCGGCCGGCUCCUUGUCUGGCCUCAUCACCCGUGCCCUGGUCAGCCCUCUGGACGUCAUCAAGAUCCGCUUCCAGCUCCAGAUCGAGUGCCUGUCCCCCCGGGACCCCCAAGCCAAGUACUAUGGGAUUGUGCAGGCCAUACGCCAGAUCCUGCAGGAGGAAGGGCCGGCCGCCUUCUGGAAGGGCCACAUUCCGGCCCAGCUGCUCUCCAUCAGCUAUGGGGCAGUCCAGUUUGUGACCUUCGAGAGGCUGACCGAGCUGGCCCACCGAAUGACCUCUUUCGACGCCCGGGAUUUCUCGGUGCACUUUGUGUGUGGCGGCCUGGCGGCCUGCACCGCCACCUUGACCGUGCAGCCCCUGGACACCCUUCGCACCCGCUUUGCUGCCCAAGGAGAGCCCAAGGUGUACCGGAACCUCCGCCAGGCCGUGGGGUCCAUGUACCGAAAGGAGGGGCCGCUGGCCUUCUAUCGGGGCCUGGUCCCCACCCUGCUGGCUGUCUUCCCCUACGCCGGCUUCCAGUUCUCCUUCUACCGCGCCCUGCAGCAGGUCUACGAGUGGGCCGUGCCUGUGGAUGGAAAGAGGAACGGAAACCUCAAAAACUUGCUGUGCGGGAGCGGAGCCGGAGUCCUCAGCAAGACCUUCACGUACCCCCUCGAUCUUUUCAAGAAGAGGCUACAAGUGGGCGGCUUUGAGCAGGCCCGGGCCACCUUUGGACAGGUUCGGACGUACACGGGCUUCCUGGACUGCGCUCGGCGGGUUUUGCAAGAGGAGGGCCCGCGCAGCUUCUUCAAGGGCCUGGCUCCCAGCCUGCUCAAGGCGGCCCUCUCCACCGGCUUCAUCUUCUUCUGGUACGAGCAGUUCUGUAGCCUCUUCCACUGUCUCAGGGACCCCGAGCGCGAGGCCGGCCGGGCAGGGGGCAGCUAGGAGGCCCCGGAUGGACCCGUUGGGGCCCGGAUUUGCUGUCCUCCUCCCUCGGUCUGGAGGGCAGAGCGCAGCCCUGCCUCACUGUCGUUUGCUCGGCCCCCCCACCACGGACACUCGGCCAGGGCUGCUGCGGCCUUCUCUCCGUCUCCUCCUCCUCCUCCUCCUCGCAACCCUCCCUCCCUCCAGCUCGUGUCCCCGGGGUCCGAGAAAAGUCUGCGUCCUGGCAACUCCGCAUCAGCUGCCGCCCGACGGGCCGGGGCCAGGACCUUGGUGGUGGCUUUGUGGGUGGGACGAGGCCUCCGGAGACCCCCGAGGGAAGGUGGGGAGUUAUGAGAGCAGGAGAGGGAGCGGCCCCACCCUCUGUCCUUCCUGUUGAAAGCCACCAACGCUUCCCACCCAGGGCCCAGUCAGGGUGGGUCAGCCUUCGGGGCCGAGGUGGGCAGUGAGAGGCCGUAGCGGGCCAGGCCGCUCCCUCUGGAAGGGGUUGGCGGACUUGACCUCACCACCACCUUGGCCAAUCCCCAAGGGCUCAGGUAGCAGGCAGCAGGAGUCACUUGGGCAUGCCCUCCCACCUUCCCACCCUCUGCUCCCACGCUGGCCGGGCCCCCAACCUGAUUCCCUGAGGGGGCUCUUGGCACCGAAGCCCUGAGCUCCUGCCCCCAAAUGGCACCCACCCUGGGCCCCUCAGGAGGCAUCUGGCGGGACGGGCAUCGGGCCUGGGACGGAGCCCCCAUGCCAUGGUAGCAUGGGCAGGGGGGUUGCAUUGGGCAAGCAGAGGGGGCGUCCAGAGGCAGGGCCCCAAGAAAGGGCUCCCCAAGCAUCAGAAGGGAAGCUGGAGAUGGGCCGUUCCCCCAGCUUGUCCCCAUCCUGGGGCCCACCACCCUCUGGGACACAGCCUUGGGUUCCCCGGGGAUCUGAGCCCACUCCGGUGCAUUAGCAGGGCCAUGUGGCACAGCCUGGCUGCAGCGGGGACAGGAGAGAGGCUCCCAGGUUGCCCAGGCCCCAAAGUUUGGGGCUUCUUUGCUGUCGGGGCAUACUGCACACAUGCCUGGCCUUCGCC